AUGACUGACAAACGCAAAGAGAGUGAGGCAGCGACGAACAAAGGAUAUGAUACGGAAGGCACUGCGUUAAGGAAGCCCAUAGACCUGGACUAUGUGUUGACCAACGAGUUGGGACAGUUCGGGAAGUACCAGCUGAGGAGCGUCAUCCUCGUGGCGAUUCCGAUCAUAAUGUCAGGCUUCAUGAGCGAGUACAUCUUCUCCGCUGCCGCCAUACCGCACAGGUGUCGUAUCCCAGAAUGUGGGGAAGAAGGGAAAUCUCAUAAGUACGACCCUGAUUGGAUCUUGAACGCUGUACCUGAGACAUCAUCAGGAUUUGCCAGCUGCGAGAGGUUUACUCCUCGCGGUCUUAGCACCAAUGGCACUCUGGACUAUUGUCCUGUGUCUCUCUUUGAUCAGUCCACUACCACUGGUUGUGAUGGAUUCGUGUACGCCAGGGACAAUACUGUGGUAUAUGAGUUUGAUCUGGGAUGUAAUGAAUGGCUGCGAGCUUUCGCGGGCACGCUGAGCAGCAUCGGCACCCUGCUGGUGCUGCCCAUCACCGGCUACGUGUCCGACCGGUUUGGCCGAAGGUUCGCUCUCAUCAUCAGCGUCUUCAACUUGGCCCUCUUCGGCCUCAUCCGAGCCUUCUCCGUCAAUUACGUCAUGUACAUGGUCCUGCAACUUUUACAGACUACAUUCGGAGCUGGCACCUUCAGCUCUUCUUAUGUUUUUGCUGCUGAGCUUGUCGGUCCAAAAUAUCGAGUCAUAACAAGCGCUAUUUGUUCCUCAAUGUUUGCUGUUGGACUAGUGGUGCUCGGCGGAGUUGCCUGGCUCAUCACUGACUGGCGUUACAUGAUCAUGGCACUGCACAUUCCGUGCUUUCUCAUCAUCGUAUACUACUGGAUCUUCUCUGAAAGCGUGAGGUGGCUCCUGUCUAAGAAACGAUACCCAGAAGCUCAGAAAAUUUUGGAGAACGUUGCGAGGGUUAACAAAACAUAUAUCAGUGAGAAAUCCCUUGAAGCUCUGAUGAAUCCCCCUCAACCUGUUGCUGCUAAUGUUCCUGAUGUCGAUAAACCUGGAUUGGUGCGGACUAUUUUAAGCUCCCGGGUUUUACUCAGAAGAGUAUGUACGACUCCUAUCUGGUGGAUUACUACAACCUUCGUCUACUAUGGGCUCUCCAUUAACUCCACGAGUUUGUCGGAAACCAUGCAUUUGAAUUUCAUUCUGACGUGCGCCAUCGAGAUACCAGGGUACUUCACUGCAGUCCUCGUGCUGGACAGAAUCGGGAGGAAGGCCACGCUAUCUGCGGGCUACUUCCUCAGCGCAGCCUGUAACAUAGUUUUCGUAUUUAUACCCAAUGAAAUUACGGCCGCUCGGCUGGUGAUCUUCCUUCUGGGCAAGUUUGGUAUCUCGGUCGUGAUGACGUCGGUGUACCUGUUCACGUCGGAGCUGUACCCGACGGAGUUCCGCCACACGCUGCUGGCCUUUUCCUCCAUGAUCGGCCGCGUCGGCUCCAUCACCGCUCCUCUGACGCCGGUGCUUAUGGAAUACUGGCACGGCAUCCCGUCACUGAUGUUCGGCGGCAUGGGCAUCCUCGCCGGGCUGCUGGUGCUGACGCAGCCGGAGACCCUGGGCACCAGGAUGCCCGAUACCCUGGCCGAGGCUGAGGCGCUGGGCAAACCCGAGUCUAAAGUCAACUUUGCUAGAUAAUUAAGAUAACGAUUGAUCUCUUUGUUAACUAUAAGUUUAAUAUAAGUUAGAUUUUUAUUUUGUUGGC